UAAUUAUACUAAACUUGGCUUUCACCUAUAAAGUGUAAAUAUAUGUAAAAUUGAAUAAAAUUCAAAACAAUCUGAAGGGAGAUAAUUACAAAUUGAUAAUGGAAGAAGAUACCACAGAGGACGAGGAAAACAGGAAAUUCCAACAGCUAGAGGAGGAGUUUAGCAAUUUAGAAACUUUUCUUCGGAAGUGUAAAAAACUUCUUAGAUCGAAGAUAACAUAUAAAAUGUAUCCAACCAAAACAGAAACAGAGGAAGCCGUAUCAAGUCUACAGACCAUCAUUAGUAUCAAUGAAGAAACAGCAAAUGAUGUAAAACUGGUAUUUGAAUUUAUAGGAUUAGUGCUGAACAGAAAAUGGAAACAAGUAAAGAAAACUGUACUGUCUGCCUGUAUGGAGUUAGAUGCUGCAGAAUGUAAAUAUCUAAAGAGGGAUACUGUUGAGUCCAAGUUGAACAAACCAUCAAGUAUAGAGCUUGCGAAUUUUGAUGUUUGGAAGGAAUCUGCUUUGUUACGAUUUGGUAUAGAACCUGAAGAAGUCCUCAAAUACGAUACUGCACUUGCGGAAGAAUGCAUUGACAAAUCUUUGCCUACACAAAUGGCCAAACAAUUUUGCGGUAUUUACGACGUUUACUGGUCAGAAGCCUUCAAUCAAGCAAAACAACAAUUCAUCGACGACAAGGAAGAUGAAGAAAUAAUAAAAGAAAUAGCAACACUAACACAGCUUCUAUUUGACUAUAUAAAGGAUAAGGUAACUACGCAAGUUAAACAAAUGACUGUUACCAUGACAAAAAUAGUCACAGAACCAAUCAUCGUCAAGCAGAAAUCCAGUAGAUCCACAUCUACAACAAAAACUGUGAACACAAAUGCAGAGGAAUACCAAGCAGUGUUACCGUACGCUAGAUUGGCAGUGAGAGAUACAAUUCGCUAUAGUUUACCAGUACUAAUGAAGGACUUUACAGCAACGCAGAUUUCACGGCAACUCAAACCGUAUCUCAGUUUGGACAAAGUUAAUAAUUUCUUAGACAAAUGUUCUCAAUUUUCAUGGAAUAUCAAUGUUAUGGAGUUGCCUAUGGUGCUUUUGUGGCCAACAGAUGCAACAAAAGACAAACUAUUUCAUUAUUUUAGAUAUUUUACAAAAUUUGGAACUGAGCUAGAGCAUGGUGUGUGGCCAGCUUUGUUAUUAAAUGAGGAUGGACCAAUUAUGGUUAGAGGUGUGGUUCAGCUAAAAUAAUUACGAAAGCUUUGUCAUGUUAAAUCCCGUAUACAUUAAUGAAGUCUUAAAUAGACAAUUUCCGUCAUCGUAAAUUACGUUGUGCAGUCUGAGUGUUCAGAAAUGACGUCUAUAUCAUUUAGCAACGUUUUAAACAAUUAUCUUUCCAUAAUACGAUACCCUGUAUGUUGAGGUCCAUUUUAGCAUUCAUAUGUUUUUUUCCUAAAAGUGCAAAAAAAUAAUUGAAUAAAUAAUGCCAUCAUGCAUGAAUUGUACCAAUUCAGAAGGAGGUGACAUUUUUGUUUUUCCUAAAUAAUCCAAAGAAGGCAUUUUAAAAUCAAAUUAUGGUUUCAUAACAAAUAGAGAUUUCUAGUUAAACAUCAAAUUUGUAUGUAAACGAGUGAGUAGUUGGAGUAGACAAUAAGUGGUUAAUCAAAAUCCGCAAGCCAAGAAAACCCAUGAACAAACGAAAAAAGAGACAAAAAGCAGACCACACAGAUAAUUAAAAAUUGAGCAAUACAAACCCAACAAAAAUCGGGUUGAACUUAUGUGCUCUGGAGUAUUCAGCAGUUUCUGUUGCAAAAGUGAAAUCUGUCGAUUUACUCUGGUUAAAAUCCUUUGAUGUAACAUAUCAAGUGAUUAGGAAUCGCACAAUAUCGGAUUAGCAAAUGUCGCUUGUCUAACAAUAACACAUUAACAAAUGCAUGAACCAUCUUCAAGUGUAAAUUUUCUAAUCCAAAUACUUAAUGUUUAAAAAUUGAAACAGUUUAUAGUGCAAAAGACAGCAAGGACCGUAUCCGAUAAAAAAAAAGAACAUAUAUAUGACAAUUAAAAAUCCGAUAAGUAGAAUUCGUAGAAUCCAAUGUAAUCC